AUGGCGUCAACAAGUGGUGUUAAUAAAAAUUUAGAGCAAAAGUGGAAGAACAUAUGUUUGGGUGAUGAGGAAGAUAAAGAGAUCGUUUAUGAAGAGGAGGAUGUCAAAGACAUUGAGUUUGAUGAUCGAUGGUGCCUCGUUGGGAGAUUGUUGACAGGGAAAGUCUCCGAUUUCAUGAUUUUUCAAAAUAUAAUGGCGGACUUAUGGAAAUCCAGGAAAGGAAUGUAUGUCAAGAUUAUAGAGCAAAACCGAUUUUUAUUUCAAUUUUUUCACGAAAUUGAUAUUCAACGAGUUCUCACGGGAAGUCCAUGGACAUACGACCGAAAACAAUUGAUCCUAGAAAGGCUGAAGAAAGGCGGUAACCCAAGAACAAUUGCUCUAAACAGUCUCGACUUAUGGGUGCAAAUUCAUGAUCUACAAUCUGGCUUCAAAACAGCAAGGGCGGUCCAACAAGCAGGCAACUACAUUGGUCAAUUUCUUAGAACCGAUCUGAAUAAUUUCCAAGGCGUUUGGCGUGAGUAUUUGCGUGUUAGAGUUCGACUUAAUGUCGAUGUUCCUCUCAAAAGACGAAUGAAGUUUCGUGAGAAGGGUGGUGAUGCUUUCUAUGCCAAUUUUAAAUAUGAAAAACUCCCUACAUUUUGCUUUAUCUGCGGUAUCAUGGGACAUUCGGAACGUUUUUGUGCUAGACUAUAUGACACCCCGAUUGAGAAAAUUGAAAAAUCGUAUAGUUUGGAGAUGAAAGCACCUAUAAGGAGGUAG